CAGGUGGGUCCCUGGUCCCCACCCUUUCUCCCUCCUUAAACCCCGAGGCGUACCCGGUACCCACAGGGGACGCCAAGUCGCCAACCACAGGGGGAGAGCAGCGAGGAGUGGGCAAGCAGCGAGCGGGAGAAGGGCAGCCGUCUCCCCAAACCCCAGGGUCCUCACCAUGGAUAUUCCCAGUUUACUAGCUUCAACCAGUGAUGAUGAGAAAAAGGCACUUAAUGCAUUGCUUGAUGCUUUCAGUUGUGCCUUUUCACUUGAAGACAUAGCUGAUGCAUAUUGCAGAGCAAAUGGUGAUGUCAACAAAGCUGGGGAUUUCUUGACUGAACUUUCGAUGCCUCAGGGUAAUGCAGUUGAGCCAAGUGUUGAUACUAAUUUUCCUCAGAUUGGUAAGGUAGUUGAAGAAAAUUAUGUGGAGAACUCAAACCAAACAAGAUGCCUUUCCAAUAUCGAGAAAGCAGCUGAAGAAGGCUAUGUGGGUAAUUCAAGCCAAAUAAGGCCACGUGAAAAGUCCCAGAAGUCUAGUGCUUCCUUUGGCACUGUAUCCAGCAUGUUAGGAAAAGGAUCUGCCUGUGUAACUACAGCUCCUGUCAGUAGAGCAUCAGAAAAAGAUAAACCUCUAAAGGUUGAACUGCCAGAAUACAUGCGAGAGGAUCUGAAAACAGAUGAAUCUGAUUCUGCACCGAAGAGAGAGACUUUGAAUAAUAGAGAUGUUGAGGAGUUCCUAUUUUCUAUGCUUGGAGAAGGAUUUAAGCUCAGUAUGGAAGUGAUCCGUGAGGUUCUAGGCAGCUGUGGAUAUGAUAUUAAGAGGAGCAUGGAUGAAUUGAUGUCAUUCUCUCCAAAAGAUCUUUGCAAAAACUCAGAAAACGGAAAUAUUGUGAUACAAGAUAUGGCAGUUGAAUCCUCUUUUUCCAAGGGAAGCUGCCUAGGAUCACAAAACACACCUAGUGGCUAUUCUUUGCGAGAGGAUAAACAUAAACCAAGAGUGCAGAUUUCUCCAGGAGAGUUGCUAGAAUCAAUGUUUACUGUACCUGAAAGAUCUGAGGAGGAACCAAAAGGAAGACGGUAUGAAUUGGGUGCAAAUCGAAAGAGAGUUCCAGAUCGGAAACCAGUCUUAAAACCUCUUGAUGAUAGUCCAUCAUCCUCUACUGAUCUUCCGGUGAAAAUUAUCAUAGGUAGUAAAGAACCAGUUGUGCGUGAUGAGGGUGAUUACCAGAACUACCGUAGGGCUGCAAAGCAGCACUGGGAUAUGAUGAAGCAGUACUAUGAGAAGGCGGUUGAUGCUUUUCGGGAGGGCAACCAGGAAGAAGUAGAGUAUCUUCUUAACGAAGGAAAGAACUAUUAUAGGAUGGCUCGAUUAUCUGAUGAAAAAUCUGCUGGGGAAAUCACUAAGUCCAUACAAGAUUCAAAAAACGAGUUACGUCUUGAUCUGCGCUCACAAGAUGCAGCAAACGUAGCGAAUCUUUUGAGACUUCAUCUCAAACAGUUGGCUAACAUCCCAUCUUUUGUGUACUUGAGAGUUAUUAUUGGCGUUGAUGAUGGCACUUUCAAGAUGGGACAAAGGAGAAGAAAGGUGGAGAAGUUUCUGGAGAAGAAAUCAGUCCAGUGGACUGAAGAUGAACUCAAUCCUGGUACCAUCCUCAUCCCGAUAAAUCAGGUGAAAGACCAGCAAGUAUAGGUUGGUGUUCAAAGAUGGUUCGACACAAAACUGACAGGAGAUGUUCACAGCUGCUAGCUAUAUCACUAAACGCCGUUUCAAAUCUAGGCCGUUUGAUUCCAUUUUGGGAUAUGAAAGACGGAAGUUACUGACCAGUGCAUUCUUUCUGUAAGCACACUACACAUACAUUUUGGGCUAACUGCUACAUUGGUAGUGGCCAAAACAUGAAGAUAGAUCCCUAGUUUAAAUGAUGAUCUGGCCAAAAUGUUUUAGUUACA